GGGUUCGAUUGACUGCCUGCCAUCGAGGCAGCGUUCUGCGCUCAGCGCCAGAGACUCGACCUCGUUGCUCCUUCGACGCCCUCUUGGCGCAACCUUCAAGCUUCCAAGUGGCUGUGAAACACUGUACGUGUCGAAUGGUCGUAGGCGUCGGGUGCAAACUUUUGAAAGUGUGUAUCCGCGUGUGACGUCGGAUAUGGUUGUCUUUGUUCGCGCGAGCUUCUCUCCGCUACGGUUUGGGCAAUAAUCAAUGUUAAUUGGACCCUUGACCCUUCCGCCGAUAUGCGCGACAAUGCCGUCAGCUGCGCAUUCGCCCGAAUCAGUCGUGAUAUGUAUGCGCGCAGUAGUCACUGUGAAGGCGAGAUUGGAAACUCGAGAUGAAACGCGGCGGGCAGGGCCAGGCGCCGCGAAAGGGUCACAGCGCCUGCUCCGAACAAUGGGCGCCAGUGGAGAUGGGGCCGAGCAAUCGGAUCGCUUGCCGCUCGAAGGCGAGUGUCGAGAAGGACGAUUAGGUUCAAUCAAUCGCAGCCUCUCCCUCUCACUCUCUCCAGAACUCUUUUCGAGCCUGCGCCAUCAAUCCGGUAUUUGCCCCUCUACAAUCAGGUCGGUAGCUGCCCCCGCGCAGAAUAUUGCCACAAGCUCAGAAUGUUGCACUGGGCGUGGUGGACAGAGGCGGACACGGUCCCAUUAGGUCACACUACAGCGCUGUCAUGCAAGCACGACGAUCUGAUCCGUUCAAGCUCCGCGUUGACGGGAUACGCUCGAGGAGCCGGAUCGCUGGAGUUCACUUCAGUCUGACACCGUAGAGCUGGGUGCGCCUAUGCGGGUGUAUCGACUCAGGGAUGUGCAACU